AUGCAAGUGUCGUCAGCGACGUUUGUGGCAAGCAGUCUUUCUGCGAUCGCCCUUUUGUCAUGCCUUUUCGUCUUGUCUACAGUAUACCAAAAUGUUCAAGACUAUUGGACAGAACUAGAUGAGCAAAUGGUGGAAGUCAGAAAGGAUAUGGAUGACAUGUGGCGUGAGAUCUUGCACAUUCAAUCAAAUGCUCUUGGAUCAGUUUUCCGUGCUAGACGUCCAGCUCGUGGUGCUUAUGAAGAAGGUGACUACAAAGAAGCUCCACCGCCUGCAGCAUACAACCCUGGAUACGAAGAAUCUGCUGCUCCAGCUCACGACGUAGGAGCUCAACCUCCCGCAGGACCAGCACCAACGUCUCCAGAAUCUUGUCAAUGUCAAGCUGAGAACAAAUGCAAAGCAGGUCCACCUGGCGCUAAAGGUUUCCCCGGUCUUCCAGGACCGAAUGGUGUACCAGGAGUUGAUGGAAAACCUGGUCAUGAUUCUCAAGACGUUGAGCCUCAAUCCCAGAACACUGGUGCUUGCUUCCACUGUCCUCAGGGACCACCAGGAUCUCCAGGACCAAUGGGUCACCCAGGUCCACGUGGAAUGAAGGGAGCCGACGGGCAACCAGGACAACCAGGAAAGGAUGGAGAUCCAGGAAAACCUGGAGAGAUUGGACCAAAUGGAUUCCAAGGCAAAAAAGGUCCAGAUGGCAUCCCGGGAGAGAAAGGAAUGGACGGUCGCAAACCAAUCGGAAGACCUGGACCAAAGGGACAAAGAGGAGAACAAGGACAUCCAGGACCACAAGGAACUCCAGGUCAUAAUGGACCAACUGGUUCAGCUGGUGAUCCGGGACCACAAGGAGGACAAGGACCACAAGGAGAGCAUGGACCAGAUGGAGGACCAGGAGAAGAAGGAAAACUUGGUAGACCAGGACCGGAUGCCGAAUACUGUCCAUGCCCCGCCCGCGGAUCUCAUGGAGGAUCGUCAGGAGGAGGUGGUGGAUCUGCUGGAGGGGAAUACAAAGCUACCGGAGGCGAUUCUUACCGAAAGAAGAAACUUUAA